AUGGUUAUCUACCCAGCUAGGCUAACUUUCCAAAUAAGACGCUUUGGUCACGGGCCUCCUCUUUCUAAACCGAUGAUUGAAGAUAGGGUGAUGCUCGUUCUGCGCCUAUACGACAAAGUUGAUCCGGAAAAAAUAACACUUCAAACAGACCUGGCCAAGGAGUACGGUCUUGACAGCCUUGACAUGGUUGAAGUUGUCAUGGCAAUCGAACAGGAGUUCAUGUUUGAUAUUCCUGAUGCUGAGGCCCUGCGACUGCGCACGCCUUUUGAUUUUGUCCAGUACAUCUGUGACAAGUAUGAUAUAUACGAGUGA